AUGGUGGUCCAACGAGAUGCUGUUGGCGUGAAGAAGGAGCCCAGCGUGAAGAAGGAGCCCAUCGUGAAGGCGGAGCCCGGCGUGAAGAAGGAGCCCAGCGUGAAGAAGGAGCCCGGCGUGAAGGAGCCCGGCGUGAAGAAGGAGCCCGACGUGGAGAAGCUCGGAGUUGUCGUCGUGGCUGACACUGAGUCUGAGCUCGAGCAAAGAAUCAGGUUGCGGAAAGAGAAGCAGCGUGAGUAUGAAAAAAAUCGGCCGAAACGGACUCGCGCAGCACAAUCUGCAGUGGACAGCCUCACGGAGGAAUUGCAAAAGAAGAUGCUUUGCAGCAUGCAGUCCAUCAUAAUAGAAAAGAUGUGGCAGCGGUGUCAAGGUCCAAAUAGCUGUGCAAGCUGGUGCCCAGGACGGCUGAGCUGGAGAGUGCGCACGAGAGCUUGA